AACGAAAGGACAACUGGUUUCAGAUACUCAGGUAAAAAUGGCUUCUUUUCAUGAUGUAAGAGAGCUUUGGGGUAACCAGGGUGGGGAAGACAAAGUGGAUGUGAUAUCAUUGGAGCCCAUCACCAUGAUAGUGCCGCCAGAGUUGCAGGAUUUGCCUAGAACCAUCACGUCGAAGAGUAGCGCUAGUUCGAGUGCGGGUGGUGGUUCUGGUGACCAUCGUUCUUCGACUUCUUCCAGCGAUUCGUCUGCAGAAGAGACACCUAGUGAAGUGGGGGGUGUUGAAGAGGGUGGUUGUAGUGCAUUGGCGAUAAGGACGGAGGUGGAGUGGUUGUGUUUGAAGGAUGGGAGGGCAAGGGCGACAAUGCAUCACGAAGUUGUAGACGGCGCAGCCAUGGUGAAGAGGCCUGCACAAUAUCAAGGACGGGAUGGGGAUGUCCUAGCAAACCAUUUUGACGCUGGUCUACGUUUUGCUCUACUCGGACUAAUUUUUGAUGUCCUAGAAAAGUUGGGGAUGCCCCCGAAGGCAGUGGUCUUCAGGUCGCUCUUCUUGUGCCGUCUGUGCCCCUCCACCAGUGGAAUGAGAUGGUACUACAUCUCCGAGAGAGAAAAGAUGAUGAUAUUCACCAACAUCAAAAAUAAGGUGGCAAGGUGGAAGAGACAGUUUAUCUUCAUUCACGAUACGCAAACUGAAAGGAUGAAUAACGAGCUCGCUGCCUGUCUAUCAAAGUGGCGUACACCAAACGCCUAUAUGAACUACCCUCAGCUGACUGUUGGUGAUGUCGACCUGAAAAACCAGCUGCUAGAUCAUGUUAAGGCAAGGGGUUUAGUGGACUUUGAAGCCCUUGUUACCCCGGAACAGCUCGCGUUACUUGGGAGAAAUGAGCAGCAUUCUAGAGAGGUAGCAUCAAUGAGCAUAAGGCUCGAGGAACCAUGGAGUUGGGACGAGCACAGGAUCUCAGCCCAUUUCAGCCACUGCUGCGUAGCUACCAACAUGCCCUCGACGCCGGCACGUGAGGUUGCUGAACCAGUGCUUGCCUCGUCAUCUAUAUCGAGGCCAAGAAUUGCAUAUCCGGAAGGCUUCAAUUACGUCAAAACUGACUGCCAGGCUGCCAUGGUGCAGGGUAUGCAGAGCUUUAAACCCCCUGCAGAUCGACAACGUGCGAAGGGGCACGUCCAGCAGCAUGGAGGUCAUGCUGCUUUGCUGAAGCUGAUAGAUGUCAACGAGCUGAGGGAAGAGCUUGAAAAAGCUCAAGUAGAGAAGGAGAGCAGCAUUCAAGCUGUUAAGGAGGAGGUCGGCCAUGCUGAAGACCGCACCAAGAAGGCAGAAUCUAACAGGGAGAAGGCUCUUUAUGAGCUGAACUCCUUGAAGGAUAGGGUCGCAGAGGCCGACCAGCACAUCACUGGCGUUGAGGCAUCUUUGGAGCAAAAGAUGGACGAACAAGGAAAGAGCCUCGCCCCUCCAGUUGACACUUGGGUGAGGCUGAAAUGGGAGCUCAACGAAGAGGGGUUACUAGAGGUACCUGUUGAGCCUUCCAGCACUCCCCCAUCCUCUCAGCCCGACCCUGCUCCUGCUCUCUCUCCUCCGUAUCAGUCAUCUCCUGCUCGAUCUACUACUACACGUGUUGACGCGUCCAUCCCUGUCGACCUGACGAAUGAUUAGCUUAAGAUUUUCUUUGUUUCUUUUGUAUUUCUUUUGUGUUUUUGUAUUUGUCAGUGAACCAAUUCAUCAUGUACUUCAAAUGUAAAGAACAUUGAUGGAAAUACAAAUUUGAAAAUUUU